AUGGCGCUCUGCCUUCAGACUCCACCAUCAGGUCUGAGCUCCACUCGUCGAAGCGGCAGCAACACAUCUCACAUCCGACCUCCUUCUGUUACUGUCUUUGCAGUUAAUAAAGCUAGCUCCAAGCAGCAACAAAAGGGCUCUGUGAUUUCCCUCCCAACUACCUUCUCACCUGACCAAAUCAUCCCUUCCAGUUUUGGCCUUGAUAUGACUGUUCUCGAGCUAGAGCGCCUCUUCAAAGAGGCCAGAGGAAAUUCUCAUCUCCUCCCGCAGCUCUCUGGCCCUUCCCAUCCCUCCCCUAUCCCCAGUUUCUCUGGACGUCCCCCUGUCCGUGUCGCCUAUCAAGGCGUUCCUGGCUCUUACUGCCAAGAAGCCGCCAUCAAAGCCUUCUCCUCCAUCUGCACCGCCCUCCCCUGCAAUCACAUGGAAGAUGCCUUCCAAGCCCUUGAGGAUAAAACUGCCCAUCGAGCGAUCAUCCCCAUUGAGAACUCGAUUGAUGGCCCCAUCUAUCGUAAUUUCGAUCUCCUCCUCCGCCACCAAGGUGUUCGGAUUGUCCGUGAGCUUAUCCUUCCCGUUAAUCACUGUCUCUUGGCUGUGCCAGGGGCUUCGACAUCCAGCUUGAAGCGGAUUGUCAGCCAUCCGCAGGCACUAAGUCACUGCAAGUCGAAACUCAAAUCCCUCCCUCAUCUGGAGAUUGAAGAGGUCCCGAAUGCGGCUGACGCAGCACGGUAUGUAUCAGAGAAUCAUAUCGCUGAUACAGCCGUGAUCGGAAGCAAGAUAGCAGGCAGGGAGUUUGGGUUGCAGAUACUGGAACAGAAUUUCCAGGAUGGGAAUGGGAAUGGCAAUUUCAAUCGAUUCCUUCAGCUAGGACUAGAACCGUUUCCCGAACCACAGGGAACAGAGAAAUCAAGAGCUUGGAAAACAAGCAUAGCAUUUUCUCUGGAAAACGGUGCUUCAGAUCUAUUCCGGGCACUCUGGCUGUUUGAGAGCAGGAACAUAACGGUGACGCGAGUAGAGCACCGCCCGAACCGGUUGAACCCAGUACGUGUGGUGAAGGAGGAAACUGGUGAUGUCCGGUACAUGGACUACAUAUUCAUAUUGGAUUUGGAAGGGAACUUGUGGGAUUCGAGCCUGAGAAAGAGGGUCGCAUUUAUACCAUUACCAUCAAAGCAGGGUAUUGGCAUGGAUUGUGCAGCGGUAGGAAACGGGCUACGUGUAAAGCUUUGGGAAGAUACAUGGUUGGGAACUCGUCCGUUGAAGGAAGUGUUCUUGAGCCAGCCUCGGAUAUUUCGGUUGCGGAAUGCUUUUAAUGGCUACGUCCGCCGGUGUGUGGGCACCUCCUUGUAG